CGGGAGCGAGCGCCGCGGCUGUGCGGAAAAGCCAUGGGAGGCAAGACCUCGGCACCUGUUCAGCUGAAAUCAAGGGCUUACAGUAUACUGGGCACUCUGGCUUGGUGGUAGGAGCGAGCAAAAGGAAGGAGAAGCAAGCAAGAAAAAGUGAGAGAGGAUUGGAGCGACUGCCGCUGCCGGGAAAAAAAAAAUAAAAACCCAAGGAAGAUAACUGGGAAGGAAAAGGAUUUUCAUGGCGCAGGCUGCAGAGCUAAGCAAGAAGACUGAAGGUUGCAUCUCUGCUCUUACAGUCUCUAACUGUCUAGGUCCAGAUAAUGAGAGAUUGUGUUGAGGAUGCUGCUGCUGCUCCCCUGUUCACUGUGGAAGCCAUCUCCAAAUUAGCCAUUACAUAUGGAAACUGGAGACCAGAAUUUUAGAAAAAGGGAUUAAGGCGUCUCAUUUUGGGGGGGGUUCUCUCUUUAUUUGUUUGGUUUUUCUUGGUUCUUUUCUCUCUUCUUUUUUUCUUUUUCCUUUUUCCUUUUUUUAUAUUUCAACCAGAACGUUUCCGAUUUAAAAGGCAAGCCUCUUCCCGUGUGGUCUUUCUAAUUUACACUCUUUUCCGUGGGCUUUCUUACCUCCCUUUUUUGAUAUCUAUCUCUCUCUCUAUACCCAUUAUAUUAUUAGUCGGAAUUAUUAUUCUUUUAUUUUAUUAAACACACACACCCCAAGAAUCAGAAGGCGGUUGGGUAUUUGUAUAAUGAAGAAUUAUGGGGCUCUUUGACAGAGGUGUUCAGAUGCUUUUAACCACCGUUGGUGCUUUCGCUGCCUUCAGCCUGAUGACCAUAGCUGUGGGGACCGACUACUGGCUUUACUCCAGAGGGGUUUGCAAGACUAAAACUGUCAGUGAGAACGAAACCAGCAAAAAGAACGAGGAAGUCAUGACCCAUUCUGGAUUAUGGAGAACCUGCUGCCUAGAAGGGAAUUUUAAAGGUCUGUGUAAGCAAAUCGAUCACUUCCCUGAGGAUGCAGAUUAUGAAGCCGAUACAGCAGAAUAUUUCCUCCGGGCUGUUAGAGCCUCUAGUAUUUUCCCGAUCCUGAGUGUGAUUCUGCUUUUCAUGGGUGGACUCUGCAUUGCAGCCAGCGAGUUCUACAAAACCCGACACAACAUCAUCCUUAGUGCCGGCAUCUUCUUCGUGUCUGCAGGUCUGAGUAAUAUAAUUGGCAUCAUCGUAUACAUAUCAGCCAACGCUGGAGACCCCUCCAAGAGUGACUCCAAGAAGAACAGCUACUCCUACGGCUGGUCCUUCUAUUUCGGGGCCCUGUCCUUCAUUAUAGCCGAGAUGGUGGGAGUGCUGGCUGUCCACAUGUUCAUAGACCGGCACAAACAGCUGCGUGCCAACGCUCGUGCCACGGACUACCUCCAGUCCUCUGCCAUCACCCGCAUCCCCAGCUACCGGUACCGCUAUCAGAGACGCAGUCGCUCCAGCUCCCGCUCCACCGAGCCUUCACACUCCAGGGAUGCCUCUCCCGUCGGGAUCAAAGGGUUCAACACCCUGCCAUCAACAGAGAUCUCGAUGUACACCCUGACUAGGGACCCGCUGAAGGCAAGCACCACCCCCACCGCCACCUACAACUCCGACAGGGAUAACAGUUUCCUCCAGGUUCACAACUGUAUCCAGAAAGAGAACAAGGACUCUAUCCACACCAACACAGCCAACCGCCGGACCACCCCGGUAUGAAGCCGUCGCCAGGAGCUGAAAAUGGGGCAGGAACGGGC